AGUGCUGUGGCCAGGGUGACAAGAGAGUGGGAGCCCCAGCGCAGCCUGCAGGACCUAGAGAAGGCGGUCAGCUCCUCCUAGGAGGGCCUGGGGAGCAGAGUCAGAGGAGAAAUCCGAAGAGGCUAGGGUCUCUGUCUCAGACCCCCAGGUAAGGGGGUCUCCUGGCCUUCCUAGGAGGUACCUUUUUGGCGACGGUGGAAUUUUCCCAAGACAAGCCCCUCCCUCCUGGGCUGGGAUUCUCGGUUCUUCCCCCUCCUCCCAGAGCUGGGCUACACCUGGAGCUGAGGGUCAGAUGGGGAAGGAAAAGGGGUGCUGGGUUUUCACGGAGUAUGUAAGCCUGCCCUGCCCCGGGAGGACGGUGUUUGAGCUUGGGCUCACUCGCGGCUGAAUUCCUGUUUGUUAUUCUUUUCUCUUUCAGGCUAGCUGGAAGGACCAGCUAGCCUGGACUUUGGCUUGUUUGCCCUGGAGCCCUGGCAUGAUGGGGAUGAGGGCUCUUGGGGGGGUUAGUGGAGAGCUGGGGGCUGGCCCUUCCCCGUCUUGUUUUCUGCCCACCCCCUCCCCCGCCCCCCGCCAGGCCCAGACAUCAUCAGUCACGUCACUCCAGGGACUGAGGAGGGAGGGGAGGAAUAAGGGGCAGAGAUGGAGGCCCCACUUCCCGAGGUUGCCUAGACAACAGGAGAAAUCGUGGCCAGGGCCUCUUCCGCCUGCGGAGCCGCUGCUUCCUGCAUCAGUCACUCCCGCUGGGGGCGGGGCGGAGGAAGGGGUUGGAUGUGGCAGAGCCAGGCCCCAGCCGGUGCCUCUCAGACUCCCCCGCUGUCGCCGCCGUGGUCCCAGCCAUGGCAUCCUAUCCAUCUGGCUCUGGCAAGCCCAAGGCCAAAUAUCCCUUUAAGAAGCGGGCAAGCCCGCAGGCCUCCACUGCAGCUCCAGAGGCUCGGGGUGGUCUGGGGGCCCCUCCGCUGCAGUCUGCCCGAUCCCUGCCGGGCCCCGCCCCCUGCCUCAAGCACUUCCCGCUCGACCUGCGCACGUCUAUGGAUGGCAAAUGCAAGGAGAUCGCCGAGGAGCUGUUCAGCCGCUCGCUGGCUGAGAGCGAGCUCCGUAGUGCCCCGUAUGAGUUCCCCGAGGAGAGCCCCAUCGAGCAGCUGGAGGAGCGGCGGCAGCGGCUGGAGCGGCAGAUCAGCCAGGAUGUCAAGCUGGAGCCGGACAUCCUGCUUCGGGCCAAGCAAGAUUUCCUGAAGACGGACAGUGACUCGGACCUACAGCUCUACAAGGAACAGGGUGAGGGGCAGGGUGACAGGAGCCUGCGGGAGCGUGAUGCGGUGCUGGAACGGGAGUUUCAGCGGGUCACCAUCUCUGGGGAGGAGAAGUGUGGGGUGCCGUUCACAGACCUGCUGGAUGCAGCCAAGAGUGUGGUGCGGGCGCUCUUCAUCCGGGAGAAGUACAUGGCCCUGUCCCUGCAGAGCUUCUGCCCCACCACCCGCCGCUACCUGCAGCAGCUGGCUGAAAAGCCUCUGGAGACCCGGACCUAUGAGCAGGGCCCCGACACCCCUGUGUCUGCUGAUGCCCCGGUGCACCCUCCGGUGCUGGAGCAGCACCCGUAUGAGCACUGUGAGCCCAGCACCAUGCCUGGGGACCUGGGCUUGGGUCUGCGCAUGGUGCGGGGUGUGGUGCACGUCUACACCCGCAGGGAACCCGAUGAGCACUGCUCAGAGGUGGAGCUGCCAUACCCUGACCUGCAGGAAUUUGUGGCUGAUGUCAAUGUGCUGAUGGCCCUGAUUAUCAAUGGUCCCAUAAAGUCAUUCUGCUACCGCCGGCUGCAGUACCUGAGCUCCAAGUUCCAGAUGCACGUGCUACUCAAUGAGAUGAAGGAGCUGGCCGCCCAGAAGAAAGUGCCACACCGAGAUUUCUACAACAUCCGCAAGGUGGACACCCACAUCCACGCCUCGUCCUGCAUGAACCAGAAGCACCUGCUGCGCUUCAUCAAGCGGGCGAUGAAGCGGCACCUGGAGGAGAUCGUGCAUGUGGAGCAGGGCCGUGAGCAGACGCUGCGGGAGGUCUUCGAGAGCAUGAAUCUCACAGCCUACGACCUGAGUGUGGACACGCUGGAUGUGCAUGCGGACAGGAAUACUUUCCAUCGCUUUGACAAGUUUAAUGCCAAAUACAACCCUAUUGGGGAGUCCGUUCUCCGAGAGAUCUUCAUCAAGACGGACAACAGGGUAUCUGGGAAGUACUUUGCUCACAUCAUCAAGGAGGUGAUGUCGGACCUGGAGGAGAGCAAAUACCAGAAUGCAGAGCUUCGGCUCUCCAUUUAUGGGCGCUCGAGGGACGAGUGGGACAAGCUGGCGCGCUGGGCCGUCAUGCACCGCGUGCACUCCCCCAACGUGCGCUGGCUGGUGCAGGUGCCCCGCCUCUUUGAUGUGUACCGUACCAAGGGCCAGCUGGCAAACUUCCAGGAGAUGCUGGAGAACAUCUUCCUGCCACUGUUCGAGGCCACUGUGCACCCUGCCAGCCACCCAGAAUUGCAUCUGUUCCUGGAGCAUGUGGAUGGUUUUGACAGCGUGGAUGAUGAGUCUAAGCCUGAGAACCAUGUCUUCAACCUGGAAAGCCCCCUGCCCGAGGCCUGGGUGGAGGAGGACAACCCACCCUAUGCCUACUACCUGUACUACACCUUUGCCAACAUGGCCAUGUUGAACCACCUGCGCAGGCAGAGGGGCUUCCACACGUUUGUGCUGAGGCCACACUGCGGGGAGGCUGGGCCCAUCCACCACCUGGUGUCAGCCUUCAUGCUGGCUGAGAACAUUUCCCAUGGGCUGCUUCUGCGCAAGGCCCCAGUCCUGCAGUACCUGUACUACCUGGCCCAGAUAGGCAUCGCCAUGUCCCCGCUCAGCAACAACAGCCUCUUCCUCAGCUACCACCGGAAUCCGCUACCGGAGUACCUGUCCCGCGGCCUCAUGGUCUCCCUGUCCACCGAUGAUCCCCUCCAGUUCCAUUUCACCAAGGAGCCGCUGAUGGAGGAGUACAGCAUCGCCACCCAGGUGUGGAAGCUCAGCUCCUGCGAUAUGUGUGAGCUGGCCCGCAACAGCGUGCUCAUGAGCGGCUUCUCCCACAAGGUAAAGAGCCACUGGCUGGGACCCAACUAUACCAAGGAAGGUCCUGAGGGGAACGACAUCCGCCGGACCAACGUGCCAGACAUCCGCGUGGGCUACCGCCACGAGACCCUGUGCCAGGAGCUGGCGCUCAUCACGCAAGCAGUCCAGAGUGAGAUGCUGGAGACCAUCCCGGAGGAGGCGGCGGUGGCCACGAGCCCGGGGCCUCAGUGAGCCUGGCCCCUGCAGCGCCCACCACAUCGCAGCACUUUGACCACGUUUUGUUCUCAGACCCCUCCCAUGCUGUGUGGUCUCUGCAUGUCUCCAUUCUUCUCUGUCUCUGUCUCUUUCUUGCAUGUCUCUGACCACGUCACUGUCCCUGGGCCACCUAGUGAAGGCAAAGCCUGGGAAUCUGCUCAUUGUUGUUUGGGCUCAGGUAGCACCUGACUGCCCAGGUACUGAGGGCCUCCCCUGCUGGUGGCCCUGUCCUGGGAUCCUCAGAAGCCUGACUGUCCUACGGGUUUCUCCAGUGUCCACGGGGGAUUGGGAUGGUUGGGGGCCGGCCCCUCUAGCCUUUCAUGUCCUGCCUGGACAAAUCUAAGCUUUGGCCAGGGCUGAAGUUUAGGCCUCUGUUUUAUGUAGCCGAGGGGCAGGCAGGGGACCUGUACACCUCUGCUGCGGGCCCGGGGCUGCCGAGGGUCUGUGGGGUUCCAGCAGCUUUGCACUGGGUAGAGCUGAGCUGAGAGCUCAGUCACAGCCCGGGGCUUCCUGGCCUGAGUGGGUAGACGGAGGCGGCAAGGGUGCUGGACCCCAUCUCCGCCAAGUCACUGCCCAGCAGCUUUCUCUCCGUCCUGUCCCCAGCCCACGUGCUCCUUGGGUGUCAGCUUCCCGUGCCUCUGUGGGAGAGGGCAGCUGCCUUGUGUUCUGUCUGGGGCCACGGUCGCUGCAAGGUCCUGGAUCUGCCACUCAGCCCUGGGAGUGGUGUUCCCAGUGCGGUUCCCAGAGCUUUGACCAGAUCCUGAUCCCAGCUGGCCCCUGUGUUGUGUUCCGGACCGAGGCCUUUGCUGUGAACUUCAGUGUUUCGUAUGAUCCAUCUUUCCUAGCGCAUGAAAAAUAAAGAUUAUUUAAGUAAUGAG